AUGAUGGGUUCUAUGCUCGAUAUGCACGACUCUGCGGAUAUCAACGCAGAUUCUAGCUUACAGUCACGGUUGGUUAUUGAUUCUAAAGCUCGUAAUAAGAGCGAUGAGACUAACGCGGGAGCCUCUCUUUCUUCACCGAAAACAGAACAGGACCAAGCAGAUCUCCAUGAAAAUAGCAGGCUACCUAUUCCUUCGAACAACGAUGAAAAUGACGGUCGCGUGGCCUCCGAAAAUGAAGUACACGAUCUCCUUCAUGUCGUUGACAAAAUUCCGGCUCGGCUUUGGGUAGCAUGUAUCGCGGGUAUUCUGGAACGCUUUGUCUGGUACGGGGCGACUGCUCCUCUACAAAAUUACCUGCAAAAUGCUCGAGGUGGUGAGGUUCCGGGGGCACUGGGAUUGCACCAAGCUACUGCAACCAACAUCGUCAACGCACUGAUCAUCGGGUCGUAUAUCACACCUGUACCUGCUGCCGUUGUUGCCGAUAGCUGGCUGGGUCGUUAUAAAACUAUGCUAUAUUCUGCUAUUAUUGAGGCCAUCGGGGCGACUAUUCUUUUUGCGACAUCUUUCCCCGUCACCAUUGACAAAGGAGCUGCUCUGCCCGGAGUGAUAACAGCUUGUGUACUGCUGGCUAUUGGAUCCGGGGGGUUUCAAAACCACUGUUCCGAUCAAUAUGACGAGGCCGAGUUUCGAAUUAAGAUUGAGAAAAGCGGAAAGAUGGUUGUCACUAGUCGAGAGCUAACUAUCACAUACAUCUACAAUGCCUUCUACUGGGCUAUAAAUGUCGUGGGCUUUCUAGCCGAUUCAACGCCGCUGUUGGAACGAUAUGUUGGCUUUUGGCUAGCCUAUUUGAUUCCGUGCUGCGCCAUGUGGAUUGCUCUGAUACCAAUUCUCGUUGGUCGCACGUUCUUCGUCCGAACUUCGCCAACAGAGAACAUCAUGCCCCAGGUAUGCGAUGUGCUGCGAUAUGGGAUCGCCGGUCGGUUCAAAAUGGAUGCCGCAAAGCCAGACGCGCAGCUUCGUCAACAUGGUCGCCAAGUUCCCUGGACAGACUUAUUUGUCGAAGAUAUCAAGAGAAGUCUUCUAACUUGCCGAGUACUGCUUCUGUUCCCUAUCCACUGGCUCUGCUAUAACCAGACAUUCAACAACUUGAUCUCCCAAGCAGGACAAAUGAUUACAUACGGUAUUCCUAACGAUAUGAUGAAAAUUGCCGGUGCCAUUUCUGGGAUAAUAGUCGCCCCGAUCAUUCAGAAAGGACUCUACCCCUUCCUUACAAAGAGAGGAGUCUCAUUUGGACCCAUCGCACGAAUGUCAGUCGGAUUUCUCGUGCUGACCCUGUCUAUGGCCUACACAACCGUCGUUCAAAAGCUCAUCUACCGGGCUGGACCGUGCUACGAUAUACCUCUGACAUGUGCUGCUGCCAACAAUUCCACAAUCCCCAACCAGAUUUCGGUCUUUCUCCAAAUCCCAAUUUAUUUUGGUGGGGCAUUGGCGGAGGUAUUUUGCCUCACCACGGGAACUGAAUAUGCUUAUAAUCAGGCACCGGAGAGUAUGAAGACACUGGUUCAAGCGAUCUGGCUAGCUAUGGCUGGUAUUGGAGCUUGUCUUGCACUGGCCUUCACCCCUCUUACCAAGGAUCCACAUUUGGUCACUAUGUAUGCCAUCUUGACUGGACUUCUGGGUGGAGCGACUAUUCUGUUGUGGGCUCUGUUCCGACAAUUGGACAAGUCGAAAGCCAAAGACGGCGUGGAAUAG